GGCAGAGGCACCCACGAGAUAGUGACAGAGACAGGCAGACGGACGUAGAGCUGCUCAUUCCACCCGCAGCAACACCAAGCUCACCCCCAAUCACAGGAGUGACUCCAUGGCAGUCCCCACCCUCUGGAUUAUACUGUUGGCUGUGAUGAUCGUGGGAAAGGAGGGAGCGCAGGUGAUAGGCCUCACCGCUGGAGGACAGGCCCAGGAAGCAGGGAGGGUGCCUGCGGCCUACACUCACCUACACAUUCCCGACAACCAUUACGAGGAUUACUUGGAGGAGGAGGAGGAGGAGGAGGAGAUGACCAGUAGGCCGGACGUGGGGCCACAGCCUUUUUGUGACUAUGAUCCCUGCGGCGUGGACCAGGUGCCUUGCUCUGAGCUACAGAAGGCCUCUCCCUGCAUGUGCCCGGGCCUCUCGAGUGAAGAUGAGGUCCCAGACAGGCCCAGGCUGACGGGUCUAGGCCGGAUCACUGCCAGCUCAGCCUUUGUCCACUGGUGCGAGCCUGCGUCAGUGGUGGACAGUUACCGCCUGGUCUACCAGGCUCUGGGCUCAGCCCACGCCAACCAGUCCAGCUCGGGCUCCCUCCCAGCCCAGGCCCGCACCUAUACCCUCCAGGGCCUGGCCUCUUCCACUCGGUACCGGGUCUGCAUCCUGGCCCUGAACCAAGCCGGGGAAAGCAGCCCGGACCCUGGGGACAGCCAUCACUCUGACCCCAUGGGCUCCGGGCCCUGCCUGACCUUCACCACUGCCAUGUCAUCAGGCCGGGCCUUGGCCAUCUCCCUCCCACUGGUCCUGGCAGCUGCUGCCCUCCUGGGCGCUGGGGCCUUCCUGCUCUGGAGGAGGGGGAGAGGGAGAAGAGGGGAGGCCCGCCUGGGACCCGGGACCGAAUUUGGGCUGCAAAACCCCACCUUCUCCCGGGAUGAGAAAGUGGGGGAGUUGCCAAAAUAACCCCAACUUCACACCUCUGACCCCUCAAUGAACCUCAAUAUCACCCCCUUC